AUGCUUACUCUACCUUUUCUUCUUAAACUAUUAAGUUUACCAUACCCAGUUGUUAAAGCAGUUAUUUUAUAUUAUACAUGUGGUACGAUUUAUCAAAAUACAAAUGAAGAGUUUAAACAUUCAUUAAAGAAAAACAUAUUAUUAUCAGUUGAAUAUCAUGUAUCUGGUAAUUGGAAUAAAAAUGACAUGAAAGCUGUUUGUUAUUUACCAAUUGAAAAAGUUAUUAAGAAGUUUAAAAAACAUCCAUUAUCAUUGAUGUUAAAUAAUUUUGGUGAAAAAUUUGACCAAUACAGCUAUUGGAUUCAUAAAUCUGAAGUACCAAAUCCAACAGUUUUAAUUUAUUUACAUGGGGGUGGUUAUUUAUUAAAUAUGUUUGAAUCUCAAUUUGUAUUUAUAACUGCUUUACAUUAUGCAUUAAAUGAUAAAGCAGCUAAAAAUGUUUCAAUUUUAGUUGUUGAUUAUUCAAUAACAAUGUUUAAUCAUGUUUAUCCAACUCAAUUAUAUGAAUGUUUAACAAGUUAUAAUAAUUUAGUUAAAGCAGGUUAUUCAAAAAUUAUGUUAUUAGGAGAUUCAGCUGGUUCUCAUAUGUCACUAUCAAUUGCUCGUUCUAUAAGUUAUCCAGAAGAAGUUAAACAACAAUUUGAAGGAACAAAAUUUAAAUUAAAUUUCAAUGUUUCAAGUUUACCACAACCAAAAGCUUUAUUAUUAGAUGCUCCUUGGGUUCAACCAUGUACACCACCUACAUUACCUACAAGACAUGGUGUUUCAUUUUAUGGAGAUUUAGGUUCAUUAGAUACAAAAAUGGGUGAAUUUUAUUUAGGUGAUAAUGAUUUAAAAAAAGUAAAUAAUUUUAUGACAUUUACAAAUACAAAUUGGGAAGAUCAUUGGGCAAAAGUUGAUCCAAUUAAUAACGGUAAUACAUUAAUGAUUGUUGGAGAAAGAGAAAUUUUUCGAGAUUCAGCUGAAGAUUUUUAUCAUUUAAUUAAUAAAAAUAAUAAUAUUGAAUAUUAUACUGAACCAGGUGGUAUUCAUGCUGGUAUGGUUUAUGUUGAAAGUUUAGAUUUUGCAAGCAAAAAAGGUGCUAAGAAGGCAAUUCAAGGUGAUUUUAGUAAGAAAUAUGGUUAUAAUAUUGUUGCAAAUUUUAUAAAUAAAAGAGUAUAG